AUGGAGCUGAGAAAGUGGUGCUCCAGUUCCGAAACGUUGAACGAGCAAUUUCGUGCAGACGGUGUCUCCCUCGACGACAUCGGUCAACCGUUGGUUAGAUGCAAGGUGCUUGGUCUUCCGUGGAACCGAUCUGCUGACACUAUCGUAAUGACCACUCAAAACGUGUCAUCUUACGUUGCUACGCAGCCAGCUACCAAGCGACUUGUACUUCAGACCUUUGCGAGGCUGUUUGAUCCUCUUGGGCUUCUUGGACCGUUUCUCGUCCGCGCCAAACUUCUGUUCCAAGAGCUAUGGCGGCGCAAUUGCACAUGGGAAGAAGCUCUACCUGAGGACGUGCAUGAACACUGGAAGACCUGGACGUCCGAGCUUAGCGAACUUUCAUCGUUCGAAGUCCCACGUUGUGUCAUAUCUCCUGCAACGCAAGGCGCAAAAGGACAGGAGCUUCACGUAUUUUGCGACGCAAGCCCAAUGGCAUACGGGGUUGCCGUUUAUGUGAGGUGCGUCAUGUCUGAGAACAGUUUCGCUUCACAGCUCCUCAUGAGUAAAGGUCGCAUAGCCCCGUUACGGCCCGUUUCGAUUCCAAGACUGGAACUAUUGGCCUGCUUGUUGGCAGCCAGGCUAUGCCACUAUGUCAGACAACUUCCCGAGCUCUCACAGGCCGUGGUUCACCUUUGGACUGACUCUGCGGUAGCAUUGCACUGGAUAUGUGGUGACGCGGUCCGCCAGGAAGUAUUUGUACGAAACCGCUCGUCCGAGAUUCGCCGCCUAACCAGAGGAUUCCACUGGCACCACUGCCGGAGCCAGGAUAAUCCAGCAGACUUACUUACCCGUGGCGAGCCAGCGUCUUUUGUUUCGCGCAAGACAAUUUGGUGGGCCGGACCUGCGUGGUUGACCAAUCCUCAGGUGGAUUGGCCUACAGAUCUCUGCCCUAGUCAAAAGCACGAUGACUUGCGCACUGGACUCACCUCUGCCUGUCAGAGCUUAAGCUUGCCGACUUCUCCUCAUUUGCACGAUCCACUCCUUAGGAUUAAUGAUUACGGACGCCUUACUAAGGUUCUAAGAGUCACCGCUUGGAUCAAAAGGUUUCUUCGUAAUGCGUCACUCCACACCACGUCCUCCUCCGGACCGCUAACAGCCGCGGAGUUGUGUGAGGCAGAGUUGUACUGGAUACGAUUUGUUCAGCGCUCUGCGUUUCCUUCAGAAGUCGCUACGUUAGAGGUCGGACAACCUGUCGAGUCUGCUUCCAGUAUUCUGACUUUACAGCCCUUCCUUGACAAGAAAGGUUUGCUUCGUGUGGGUGGUCGCCUGCAGGCCCUUGAUGCGUCGGAGGAGUUGAAGCAUCCUAUGAUACUACCAUGCAACGACCGGUUCACUGAGCUUCUGGUUGAAGCAGCACAUAUCCGCCUUCUUCAUGGAGGAGUCCAGCUAACUUUAAUCGAACUCCGCUCCAGGUUUUGGAUUCUGAAAGGACGUCGGACAGUGAGGCGGGUAUUGAACGCUUGCUUGCCGUGUCGUCGUAGACGCUUGCGUCCGGAGACUGCUCCUCCCGCACCGUUACCGAGGGACCGGAUAACCGAAACCAUGCCGUUUGACGUCGUUGGGAUUGACUUUUGCGGACCACUGUACUGCCGCGCGUCACAAAACACUGACAGGAAGGUGUACAUAGUUGUGUUCUCGUGUGCAGUGACAAGAGCGAUCCACCUCGAGUUAACGAUUGAUAUGACGGCACAAACAUUCCUCCUUGCCUUUCGCCGCUUCGCUUCGCGACGGGGUGUGCCGUCCACCAUCUAUUCCGACAACGCCAAGACGUUCCGUUACUGCGCUAAAGUACUGCGAGCGCUCUUCGACGACUCUGUCCAAGACCAUGCCAGUUCCCUCCGCAUCCAGUGGAAGUUUAUCGCUGAAGGUGCGCCCUGGUGGGGCGGUUUUUGGGAACGGCUCAUUCGUACUAUCAAGGACGCACUGAAACGUUGUCUAGGGCGCAGUAGCCUCUGCUAUGAGGGGCUUCUCACCGUACUACUCGAAGUUGAGGCGGCCGUCAACUGCCGUCCCCUCACCCAGCUUGCCGACGACACAGAGGACUGCGAGGCUCUGACUCCUUCCCACUUCUUGAUCGGAAGACGCGCCGUAGCCUUACCGGCCAGCCUGGGGUUAGAGGUGCCCCGUUCCACUCCUGCAGGUCUUCGUCGCAGAGUUCGACAUAGACAGGCUCUUCUUGUGCAGUUAUGGACUCGUUGGAAGAAGGACUAUCUCCUGCUUCUGCGUUCUGCACACCACAGUCAACCGAGGGCACAUCCACGAAUUCGCGUCGGCGACGUCGUGAUAGUGGAGGACAAUGCACUGCCACCUCUGCAAAGAUAUGUGACGCCGGAUGCGUCGGGCCCUGCUGCUAUUCAACAUGAUGAGGGUCCUGACGCAGAGAGCACGACUCCUCCUCAGCCAGUGUCUGGAGACAGCCCUGCGAGAAGCGCUGACCGCCUGUACGACCCCUUCCUGGCUGCCCUUCAAGAGUUGUCAGAUCGUCUGCCAAUGAACCAUGAAGCGACGCCUGCUCUUAGGGCCAUCCUGGCCUUUGCCUUUGUCGGGGAACCCUUUGACGACCUCCUCGAGGACUUCCUGCGGCAGUUCUUCGAGCUGCCUCCACGCCGCCCAGUUGCCAAAGCCGGUCCUCCACGCCAUCGCCCUCCAGUUCUUGGCCGGAGAGCGCGACGACGCAGGGAGCAUGCUCGGGUGCAGACCUUAUACUACAAGGACCGGAGGGCCUGCGCCCAUCAGAUCUUGGAUGGGAGAGCGGAGCUCCCGCCGAGGGAGGACCGGACCUUCCUUGGAUAUUGGGUCUCCAUCUUCACUUCCCCAUCUCCCCCGCCACUAGAUCUCGCGGAGCCCGGUCCACAGCUCGCAGGGGUUUGGGUUCCGGUCACUUGCGAGGACGUCAUGGCGGCCUUGCCGGACGGUCUUAUUCACCGCUCGACGGCUGCGCCAGUACAACCCCGUGGUCCUGGCGACAGUUUGUAA